GGAAAAAUAUAUUAAGUAUCAAGCGAAAAAGCUGAAUCCGACCAGAAAUGGCCAAUAAAUUCCGGAAUAUGAGCAGCAAACUGUUCCAAUUGGCCAGGAGCAGCUUCCACCGGACAUCGGUGCGCCCGCGGAUGAGUUUCCCGGGACGUGGGGGCUUUUCCAUCGGUCGACCCAAGUUGCUGGGAGCACUGGGAGCCCUGACCGGAGCGGCGGGACUGCUGAUCUACGCCCUGGAAACCAGCGUGGAUGCCUCCUCCGACUGCGUGCAUCCGCCGCAUCAGCACUGGAACCACACGGGUCUGCUGGCCGCCCUGGACAAGGAGAGCGUGCGUCGGGGCUACUUCGUGUACAAGGAGGUCUGUGCCUCCUGCCACUCCUUGCAGUACAUGGCCUACCGCAACCUGGUGGGCGUUUGCAUGACGGAGGCGGAGGCCAAGGCCGAGGCCGAGGCCAUAACCGUGCGGGAUGGCCCCAACGAUGAGGGCGAGUUCUUCGAACGUCCCGGCAAGCUAUCCGAUCGCUUUCCAUCGCCCUAUGCCAACGAGGAGGCGGCUCGUUCGGCCAACAAUGGCUCCUAUCCGCCGGAUCUCAGCUACAUAGUGUCUGCCCGCAAGGGUGGCGAGGAUUACGUGUUCGCCCUGCUCACCGGAUACUGCGAUCCUCCUGCCGGCUUUUCUCUACGCGAAGGACUGUACUUCAAUCCGUACUUCUCCGGCGGAGCCAUCGCCAUGGCCCAGUCGGUGGACAACGAGGUGGUCACCUUUGAAGAUCCCAAUGUGGCUGCCUCGGCCGCCCAAAUUGCCAAGGAUGUGUGCGUCUUCCUCAAGUGGACCUCGGAACCGGAGGCCGAUGAGCGCCGCCUGCUGCUCAUCAAGGUUACUCUCAUAUCGGCCUUCUUGAUCGGCAUUUCCUACUACAUCAAGCGUUUCAAGUGGUCAGCGCUGAAGUCGCGCAAGAUCUUCUUUAUCCCCGAACUGGAGGCCCAGGCCAAGAAGGAGGCGGAGGAGGCCGCCAAGGCUUUGCUCAAGGCCAAGGAGCAGGAGUGCAACAAGUGCGAGAACAAGAACGAAAAGCCGGAAUAAUCUCAGUGUACUCUUGAAUAAAGCAUUUUGAAUUUAAAUA